UACCCAUGGGGGACACGUGUAUUAUCUCAUUUUGUAUUGACCUAUGUGUUAUAGCUGUAAAGUGGGCUUGGUAUGUGCGGAUCGCAAGGCAUCGUCUUUCGGCCGAUCGCUUUGGAAUGCACUUCAGCUCAGGCAACCCUGUCCCUCUCUGAUACAUUACAGGUUAUCAAGUUGUCACGGACAUCGGGGUUCAUCCAUUUUGAUCGCAGCUGGGUGGUAUAUAACCAAAAAAGACUAUGGGUAAAGAGGAAACAUCUUUUACCGAGUCGCUGAGCGAAGACCAGUCGACAGCGAGCGCAACUAGUAACAUCAACGGACGGGUCGUUGCUGCGUGCGAUAGCGUGGUGAUGGCGGUUUGGGAUUUUAACGAGGCAUUACGUACGGGGAAAAUUGAUAUUUUGGAUGUUCUGCUCCUUGCAUGGCUUGUUUUGGCCACUUGUGUGUUCCUUGGAUUUACAAUCUACGAGAAUACCAAGAGGAAAGAGGAGAAACUUGACAAGAAGGACAAGAAAGGACAAGGAAUAAGUGAUGGUGUCUAUGGAGGUGCCUUCAAUUCAGCUGGGAGCUCCUUGACACACAGCGGGCUACUGACGGGAGGGCGAGACAGCACCGAUGGUGACCAGUAUGGGUGGCUAAACUCAGUGGUUGCUUGGCUUUUCACACAGCAUUCUCAGCAGUCUCCUGGUCAACUCGCUUCAUCAUGGCUCAAAGCUCUCAAUGAGGAGUCCAGGAAACAUGGAAGCUCAGUACAAGUGACCUUUGAUCGGAUCAAGCCCGGAAGUGCACCCCCAAAGUUCCAGCAUGUCCAGGCAGUUGCAGGUCCUAAAGAUCACUUGAUAGUGACUUGUCAGUUGGAGUCUGCAGGGUUUGGUUUCAUCGUGUUUGCAACCCAGCAAACAGCUGCCAGUGUGAAGCUAUCUACCUGUGAUGUCAGUGUUAACAGGCUUUCUGGAAAGGUUCGUUGUCAGGUGCGAGGACUGGGAGAAGAAUGGCACCUUGCGGCUAACUGGGAAAGAAGACCAGACCUUCAACUUAACAUCAAACCACAGAAGAACUCCAACACAAGGAAUGAUGGAGUUGACCUUGUCGUUGUGGAGGAGAUUCUCCGCAAUGCCAUCAUGGCUGCCACCUUUAACCUGUCGCUGCCCAUGAGGUCCCUCCCCAGAGAGAUCAUAACUGCCACCAAUGCCAUCCAUACGAACACAGCCAGACAGCCGACGUAUCCUUCCAUGAGUAACAACACCAAUCGAAUGCCUCAGCAUGUACACCAUGCCCCCAUCGUACCCUCCAGUACCAACCACGUGUCAUCUAAACCGCCUACCAUGGCAGAAACGCGCCUCUUAGUCAAAGCCCCCUCUAACAUGUGCCUUGUGGUCAAAGUGAUCAAAGCCAACGGUCUUUUGGUUAGGAGCGGAGGAAGCAGCAGCGACCCAUACUGCAUCGCCAUGCUUGAUCACCCGCCACAGAGAUACAAGACUAACACCAUCGUCAACACCACCAAUCCAUUCUGGGAUGAACACUUCUUGUUUCAACUAAAUGGUAACUCAAGGGAACUACGCUUUGAAGUCUGGGACAAAGGAAGUAACGAUUUGUUCUUUGGUGAUGCUCAGGUGCCGGUUGAUACUCUGGAGCACAUGAGAGGCAGCAGACAUAUCCUGCCACUGAAUGGAGUUACAGGGGAUGGAGAGAGUGUCAAAGGCUCUCUCACUGUAUGGUUCCUAUUCAUGGAGUCUGCUGAACAGAACACGGAGAUCAAACCAAGACAACCCGUCUCCCCUACCAAGAGAGUCGAGACAUCAAGGAGCAUCGCUCCUGAUGGAACCGUUAUCACCAUGGUAACGACCACAACAGCCAAGCCCAAGGCUGGAGAAAGAAGAACAGGAUCUAAUGAAGCACCAAUGAGGGUAGUAACGACAGCAGCAUCCCUUCCUACACCCCAGAGACCCGGGAUGUAUCCCAAUGGGGAGGGCGGGGUGGACCGGUCUCACCAUUCUACCGGUACUCAGUCCUCCUUAGAGGCACCAAGGCAGAGGACUUCAUCAGCAACUCAGACCCCAGGUCCAAGCAUUAUAAUCAGAGAAACGAGGCAUGACUUGAACACACCUUCAGCAGAAACUGGUUCUCGCUCGGUUUCCGACGCAGCGAUCCGACAUCUCUCAGAGUCUGCAGGGGAUAAUAGACAGAAAACACCCACAAAGAAGAGUACUCUCACCAUUCAUGGAGUCUCACAGGAGAAAUCGCAACCAACAUUUCUUGUUUCUGAGACACCAAAUGUGGAUCUCUCUACCCUUAGUGAUGAGCCAGCAGAUAGCAGUUUUAAGAGAGAUGCAUCGCCCAAUCGCAGCAAGCGUGGUUUCAAGCUGUUCAGACGUCGGAGUAAGAAGGAGAAAGCAAGUAGAAGCGUCAGCCUGGAUGAAUCAGACCUUGAUCGGGCUCGUCAGCAGGCCGUACGGAACUCAGAGGGAACGUCCACCUUACCCCUACCAGACCAUAGAUCUAAUACCCUGGAGGUACCUACAGGAGAAACCCAUGAACCCAUCAGUGCUGAGUCGUCUCCAAGGAGAAGCAAGCGGAAACUGUUUGGUUUCUUGAAGCGUCAGAAGAGUAAAGAGAGACAGUACAGCUCACAGGGCAGCCUACAGGCCAAAGCAGCCAAGGGCAAGGCCCAGCCUGUAGUACCCAGACAGAACCUAACAGUACCUGCAGGACAGCCAAGAUCAGCCAGUACAGACUGUAUCAACGAUGGAAGAACACAUUCAGGGGACAUAGGAAUCUAUGGAGAGUUUGAACUUCGUAGACCCUCUGUGGACGAUACAGAGAGUAAUGUCUCAGGUUCUAGCAGCAGAGCCGACAGACAACAGCCCAUGUCCACCGUGUGACACACAGACAGACAGACAGACAGACAGACAUACUCAUCUACAGAGUAAGUCAAACAAAGAAGUGAUGACCUGAACAAAUGCUUCGCGGGGUUACUUGGAUUAGAGGAGUCUUGUGCACCAUUAAGAGUAUGUGAUCAGCACCAUGUCUUAGACUAGAAUGUUAUAGGAGAGAGAUGGGAGUAUCAAGCAAGACUAACACCAAACUGAAUGGAUCGGACUGCCGUAGUAGAGACCAAGGAAUUGUGUGUAUAUAGGAAGUCAAGAGCAGUAAUUUUGAUGUUUCAGCUCAUAUCGGAGUAGUGCUUAUGUUUGUAGAAACAAAAUUACCUUUAUUUAUUCAUAUUGCCAAAUAUCUGCAUAUCAUGGAAUAUUGACAACCUCAUUUUGACAACCUCAUUUUGACCAAUAGAGGACUUUUUAAAAGUUAGAUGAUGAAUUUUGUUCAUUCAAUUUAGUUCAUUUUUGUUUGGCUAAUAGUGUUGUGUUUCGUGGCAUUUUGAAAAGUUAAAAUUGACCAAUAACGUGCUAAAUGUAAGGUAAACAAGAAUUACCCUGGAAGAGACGAAGCUUCUAACCCCAUCAGUAAUACAUCUUAGGGAGAUUCAGAUUAAAUAAACUUGUUUAAGUUCAAUUCUUGGGGGGUAUUUGAAGCAAGAUAUUUCUUCAAUUUUUGUAGAAAUAUCAUGGAUGAGUGGAAGGAAAUGUGCAGAUCGCAGGAUCAAUCCCCAGCACGUCACUAAUGUCCUUUGACAAGACAAUAAUCCUCAUUUGCCACUCUCCAUCCAGGUGCAGUAGAUGGUUUCUACCUCUCUGGUAUGAAGACCUCAAAUGCCUUGAAAGGAACUUGGGCACCAUUUUGGGGUAGAUAUGAGGGCCGUUCAAGCAUCCAAUGUCAUUAUUAUUUCAUUAUUUGCUCCUAUGCUUGACAAAUGUUGAAUGUUAUGCCAUAUUAGAUGUUUAUGCUAAUUAUUUUGCAAUAGAAUUGAAACUGCUUGGCAUAUCUUGGUGCUUCAAGGAAUAUAUCACCUUCUGAGAGCUUGAAGAGUAUCAACUUUUAUCAUGUUAAUUACUUUUAAUAGAAAAAAUAUAGUAGCAGGGAAGGCAUGGAGCGCACAAGGGUAGUAGUAAUCGAUAUGGAUCAAUUAAAUGCUCUUAUUGGACACAUUUGAAAGAGAAAUAAGGUGAUGUUAAGCCUAAUAAAGAUGGUUGAAGUACAUGUGUUCACCAACUCCAUAUCCCAACAUUGUGGCUCUACCUCUAUGUAAAGAAGUAUGAUCAUCAACAAGUAUGCAUUUAGAAUCUGGCAGUAUGAUCAUUGAAAGUACAUGUAUAUGACUUGAUACCCUUCGGGCUCCAAACAGAUGAUAAGAAGAGCAUAUUUGUACAAUGAAACCUGUCUAUAAAGACCACCCAAGGGAGACAAGAAAAGUGGUCUUUAUAGGCAGGUGGUCUUUAUGUACAGGUUCCUUUAGUACAUGUUUCAUUGAGAAACCGUUUUCAAGAGAAACUAAAAAUGUGAUCUUUGUAGACAGGUGGUCACUAAAGCAGGUCUGACUGUAUAUUUGUACCAUCUAGAAAGAAAACUCUGAAGCUAACAGUGGCAAGUGUGGACUUGAGAUCAAGCUGGUGUUUUAUCUGGUAUCUUAGGGGUUGUCGUGCAUGAACAGGAAGUGAAACCUUAUGAACAGAUGCAUUAUGGGUCCUGCUGUUGAUCUAGGUCACUUGUUUUGCUAUGUAUGUUUAUUGUAACUCUAUGUACAUGUAGAUGUGCUUUGGCUUAGCAAUAUAAUGGUUAACUGAAGUGAUAGAUACUCCAGAAAAUGGAUGUACACUGUACAAUAUUUUUGUAAUCUGACAUAUUGAAACUAAGUAAACAAUAAAGGAAAGUUAUUGAUUACAAAAAAUAUUAUGAUUAGCUGCUUUGAGCAAAAUGCAGUUGAUCAAGUAUUGCCAAUCAAGAAGGGUUUCACUUUCAUUAUCUCAAGUUUUCAUUUGUUCUCAGAUUUCGUAACACAAAUGAUUCAAUUUGUCAGAUUAACUAUAUAGAACUCAGUGAAGAGUUUAACAUGUUGUAUUUCAGGGCUUUACUUUGACAAUGCCUGCACUACAAAGGUCAGAGAGCAGAUUAUUUCAUACAUUAAAAGGGAAAAUUUUGCAAGAAGGCUUGUGUUCUCGUAAAAGUACACAAAAACAACAAAACAACAUACAUGUAUACUUCUGCAGUGUACAGCAUAUACUAAACUUACCUCUCUCAUAGUAGGCUUGUUAAUUAAUUUUUUUAAAUCCUGUACUAUGCGUUGAGACCCAUUUUUAUAUAUUUAUCAAACUCAUUUACGUUGCAGUGCCAAAUAAGAUAAACAAUAGAAGCAGGUUGUGUAUAUUUGUAUUUUUUUUCUUGCCAUGCAAUUAAUUUCACCCUUUACCAAAAAAAAAUGUUUAGUUUUGUUGUUAGUUUGGUGUACUACUUUGUUCUUUAUUCCUAGUGAUUAAAAUGAAGAAUCAAAGUACAUGUAAUUAAAGUACUAUAAAAGAAAAGAAUAACAUUGUACAUCUGUUCAGAGCCAGAAGGGCAAUAUCUUUGUUUUUAAUGCAUAUGGGUUAAUAACAAGCUUCUGGCUCCAAUUCUGAUUUGCUUAUAAAUAUUUAGUAUUUUGCCGAGAAUUGUCUGUAGCUUUUGACAUAUUUGAAGUUUGUACAAAUUGUCUUUUCUCACCUAUUUAUUUCCUUUUGUGUAUUUGUAUGUGUGUGUGUGUUUGUUUAUGUGUGUGUGUUUGUUUAUGUGUGUAAGCACUCUAUGUUCUUAUUCAAUAAUUAUUGACCAUUUUAAAUGGUCUGAGCUUAACAUAUUAUUGUAGAAUUGGUAUCGUUGAUUUUGAAAUAUUUGAAAUAUUUGACCAAAUUGGACUAAUUAGUCAUUGAAGAAUGACUAAAGGUUAGUGAAAGCAUUUAGAGUCAUUUUGUAGACAGUGUAACAAUUGAGUAUAAUUGUUAGUAUUUGCGGUCAAGACUUUGAAAGGAAGUAAAUCCAAAACAAAUGGUACCUGGUGUGUGAAGGUCGAGUCCCCCUAAAUCUGUCGGUGAUUAACAAAUGAUUUGGCGUAGAUUCAGAUUUGUUAUGAAAAUUAGAUUGAAUACACCUGUUAUCAGAGUACCACCCCAUUUUUUUCCUUCCAAUUCAAGAGAGUGCAUAAGAUGUGUGUACCUACUUUCUUUUAGCAGUGCUUCAUCCGCUUGUGUUGGGAUAGAUGUAUACACUGAAGAUUUAGAGGAUAAUUUAACCUUUGGAAUGGAGAGUUAAGAAAACAAACAAAAACAUUAGUCAUAGUACAUGUAGAUGUUUGUCGAUGUUAAAUAAUGUUUUCCUUGUUUAAAAAGUGAUUGUUAACUUGUACAUAAGUAUUUUUUCACCAUGCCUUAGCUGUUUAUACUUUCAAACUGCACACUAGAUUUUUAGAAGGUGCACCAAUGAAAUUUAUUCAUAAUUUAUGUGGUUUAUUUAUUUGAUGUGUAACUUAUAACAAGAGAGAUUUUGAUGAUGUAUGUUUACAAUUUAAGGGACUACUUACUUGGACCGACAUAUAUAUAACUUCAUACAUGGAGAAAAGUGUAUCCUAGUUCUGGUUAGUCAGAGACAGAAAGAUAUUUAUUAACAAAGAAAUAUGCAGACCAUUGAAAAGUCUGGCUUGCAGAGAAAAAAUGUUCUUAGAAUAAAUAAAACUGCCAAUAUAUUUGUGAAAUCAGCCAUUUGAAGUAGUCCUACACAUUUGAAUGUGGGGGUGACUUCAUACCAUGGAUCUACUUUGCAUUGUUAGUGAAAUCAGUGUAUUUGUUUGGACACCCAAUCUCUAUUUACUGCAGUAAAAGGUUGAUAAACUUUAGUUUUAUUCUGUGUAGACAACAGAAUAACCACAGUGUACAUAAUACACCGGUGCUAAAAGUCAAAAGCGAAAAAUUAUACGAACCUUGGGUUUGCUUGCCAGAAAUCUGUUGUGAUUAUGAAUGCUAAAUUUGAGUACUGGUCUUUUGGGAACUUUGUGUGAUAUCAAAAUCAGAAAUUUCCCCCUGCUUGAGAUUAAAUGGGAUGCUGAAGGUAUUAAAGCUUCUAGCUGCAAGGUGGGUUAUGCAUACUUGUACUUUAGGGAUGUCACCUUUGCUUGGUAAAAAAUAAAGUUUAAAAUGCCGAGAAAUUUAAUAGGAAGCCAAAUGUCUGACAUGGCUCACCCUCCUGUUCCUUUCCCUUGAAGAAGACAUCAACUGUUAUUCUAAUGACAGAAAAAUUUCUGACUUGCAAACACAGGGUUAAAGAAAUUAAUAUUAAAUACCAAUUAUAGACUAGUAGGAAAUAGGAGCUUACAUGGAUCACUUGUUAGCUUUGCUUUGCCAUAUCAAAAUAAUAUGAAACGGUAUUGUGUUUCUUUUGACGAUGACAUGAGCUUGUACAAAGGACGCUGAAGGUUUUUUACAUCCUAUUGUAAGGACACCAGUGCCUUGUUGAUGUUCGUAAGUUAUUUUCUUGAGAUUUCUCAUAGUAUGACAGUAAUAUAUAUAUGAAGGAGAGAAAUAUUCACCUAUUCUCUGUGAAUAAUUGAUAACUAGUACUUGUUAAGCAGAGAUGAUUCGAUGCAGUUUUGUGCAAUUAUUUUCUUUUAAUAUAGAGAAGAGGUGUGUCCACACAGUAGGGCUAGUAGUGCAUUAUGUGUAUGAACUAUAGUUUUCAAAAUACUUGUCUUUGUAACUGUAUGUACAUUAACAAAUGGUUGUAUUUAAUUCUAUUCUCUCAAAUUUGGAAAGAAACAAAAAACAUAAUCCUGUAUGUAAUUUCCUAUUUUUGAAUUACUUGAACCCUACUUAAUGUAUUCACCUCUGGAGAGCAGAAAAAAUAAUGAUUUAAAUCUCUGGAUUGUAUAAGGCCACAGAAUGCAACUUGUUAAGUCUGCAUCGUCGCUCAGUUUGUGAAAUUAAUUAUUAGAAUUUUGAUAUAUCAUGCUCUUAGGAAUUAUAAGAUGCUAAUAAGAUUCUUGUUCUCCUAAAGUGUCCCUCCUCGGGCCUUGGAAUUUAAAUUUGUUAAAGGGAAAACCCCCCAUGAAAAUUUACCUUAAGCCAUAAGUGUGGAUGGAAAUACAUUGGCAGAAAAAAUAAAUUUAAACAAAAUUAUCUUCUUAACAUAAGUGAAAAAGACAAUGAUAUGAUUGUUAUUCAGCACAGCUUUUCAUAAUGUUUUGGAAAUCUAUCAAUUCGAUCAUUGUCAUACCUUUAAAUCUCAGACCCUUGGAUUUUUACAUGGAAAUAAAAUGCAGAUCAAGAAAAGCUAUAAGAAAUGUAAGAACUAUCGGAACAACUGGUCUAACUGGUGUAGGAAGAGCAAAUCUAUACCAUAAUUGUUAUGAUGAUAAAUUCAAUAAAUGUCCUUGAAUGUUUGAACGUAUCCAGGAGGAUUGUAAUAAAGUAAUCUUGUAGUAAAUGUUACAAAACUGUUGAAUGUUGUUCGCUUUAUUUUCUGUCAAAUUGUCACAAUUUAUUUGAUGAAGUUUUGAUAAUUAUGAGAGUUGUUUUCUAAAUCAAAAAGUGUAUGAUUAGUGUGUCCCCUUUCAUUGCAUAGGCAAUUUAGAAAAUCAGCCCCUUGAAGAAUACCCCAAAUGUUGUGCCUACAAACUUUAUAAGAAAAAUGGGGUUCUAAUUUGAUUUAUUGAACAUGCCAGCAAAUUUGAAAGGACAAACGGGAUUUUAAUUUGAUUCAUUAAACAUGGGUAAGGAUAGAGUCCGUUAUUUGUGACAACUUGAGCGUCAAACAUCCAAUACCGAGGAAAGGUGCCCCUUUAUGUUUACACGUGAUAAAUAAUAAUAUUAUUCCAAAUUACUCUUGUAACUAUGCCAAUGAUAAUUUUUAAUCUGAUAUUUUGUUUAAAUGUUGAAAAGAUGAAGAUGUUGAAUAUUGGAAAAUGAGAAAAAGGGUGUAUUGCAGAUUUAAGGCCAUCCACUCAUAGACUGACUUUUUAAAAAUUUAUCUGUGGCCCAAACAUGUAAAAGUUAUCAGCUCUUUAGACAUGACAUCUAAUGAACCCCAAAAACAAAUCCUACGCUGGAAAUCGCUCAUGUUUUUUUCUUAUUUAGUCAGUCGAUAGUAAUGUAUACUUUGUUCAUGUGAGAUUAGUCCUGUGAUCAUGGUUCAUUGAUUUGAAUAAAACAACCAGUUUCUUCGUAU